AUGGAACUUACCAAAAUUAUCGUCACUCUAGCUCUAACCUUUGCUAUAACAAUAGCUUUGGCAAUGAAAAGCAUCGGCGUCGCAGAAGAAAAGCCUACUUUGAUCAAUGUCAUUCAAUCUCUAAAGGCUGAUGAUGAUCAACCGUUGCCAAUGCGUUCCAAAAGGGUGAGCCGUUUCCUUAAGCAUGAAGAUAAGAACCCUAGAGCAGCUGACCGUUGCCACAAAGAUGAAGAGGCUUGCUACAUUCAAGGUGGCUACAACUCCACUUGCUGCAACAACAAAUGUGUGGAUUUGGUCAUCGAUGACCUCAACUGUGGUGCAUGCAAGAGGAAAUGCAAGUUCACCCAGGUUUGCUACCGGGGAGAGUGCGUCUAUGUUUCUUUCGACAAAAGGCAUUGCGGCGGGGCUUGCAAUCACCAGUGCAAUCCGGGUGAAUAUUGCGUUUAUGGAAUGUGUAAUUAUGCAUAAGUAUUUAUACAAAAAAUUACAUAUAAGUAAUCGAAAUUAAAAUGAUUAGAUAAUUAAGAGUUCGUAUGAAAUUCAUGAUU